AUUAACAAAAGGGAAAUAAGCAAUGGGGAGCAAUGGCAGGGAAGAAGAAGGAAGCAGGAGUAAGAGUAGGAUUCUGAUAUUUGGGGGAACAGGGUACAUUGGGAGCUACAUGGUGAAGGCCAGCGUCUCCAUGGGUCAUCCCACCUUCGUCUACUCCCGCCCCAUCUCCCCCCAGACCACCCCCUCCAAGUUAGACCUCCGCCGUGACUUCCUCUCCAUGGGUGUCACCAUCUUUCAUGGAGAACUGAAGGAUUAUGAGAAGCUUGUAUGGGCAAUAAGACAAGUAGAUGUGGUGAUCUCUGCAGUUGCAUACCCUCAGGUUUUGGACCAACUUCAAAUCAUUGACGCCAUUAAAGCUGCUGGUAACAUUGAGAGGUUCCUCCCAUCAGAUUUUGGAUGUGAAGAAGACAAGGUGACUGUUCUACCCCCAUUCCAGACUUUCUUGGACGAGAAGAAGAAAAUUAGGAGGGCCACAGAAGCAGCAGGAAUCCCUUACACAUUUGUGUCUGCAAAUGGUUUUGGUGCAUACUUUGUGAAUCUCUUGCUCCAUCCACACCAACCAACAGAGGAUAUUGUUGUCUAUGGCAAUGGUCAAGCCAAGGCUGUGUUAAAUUUCGAAGAAGAUAUUGGCACAUACACAGUUAAAGUGGCAAAUGACCCAAGAACUUGCAAUCGUGUAGUCAUCUUCCGGCCACCAGAAAACAUUGUCUCCCAACUUGAAUUGAUCUCUCAAUGGGAGAAGAAGACCUCUCAAACUUUCAAGAAAGUUUAUGUUCCAGAAGAAGAUAUUAUAAAGCUUAGCGAGACUCUGCCGCACCCACAAAACAUUUCAAUGUCCAUUCUUCACAGUUUGUUCAUAAAGGGUGAUCUAAUGAACUUUACAAUAGGGGAAGAUGACAUUGAGGCUUCAACGCUGUACCCGGAAAUUGAAUUCAAGACAGUUGAACAACUUCUUGAUAUUUUUCUUUCUAAUCCCCCAAAACCUGCAACUGCAGCAUUUGAAUGAGCCUAUUAAUCAUAUGGUUCAUUUUGCUUUGGUAUCCAAAUGGUUUAGAGAAUAAUUACGCUUGAAACUGUUGAAGAUUAAACUUGAGAACAGUGGGACGGUGGCAGCAAAAAUUUGACUGCAGCAGCUUCAUCAACCGGCAGCCCACCUCCAUUGAAGUUAAGCAAGAUUUGGCCACCAACCUUACCAAACCAGCCACAAUCGUUGAAGUUUAAAUUCCCGCCAUUGUUGAUUAUUUGGUUUCUGUAAUUGCUAUAAAUAGGUGAGUGUGUGUGCAUUGUAAGUGUGGUGUGUUGAGAGUGUAAAGCCAGUGAGAGAGAAAGAAAUGAGAGUUGCUUCCUCUGUGUAUUGUUUCUGAUUGAAAUAAAUUGUUCUUGAAUUUAUCCUCA